AUGCGGACAGCCAAAGUAGAGCAAUCUGCCCCCAGUAAACCACCAAGACUCCUGGCGGGCGAGCUCACGCCUGAAGUUGUUUGCGACUGGGACAACACUUGUACCACGUAUUUCAUGCACAAGGACAUUGAAGCCGCAGACCAAGUCAAGAUGAUCGCCUUUGGAAUGUUAGACGCGCGUCUACAUACCUGGUAUUUAGCACAACGUGCCAUACUAGAUGCAGGCACGUUCAAUGAGUACAUGACGGCCCUAAAGUCUGCUUGGCUGGAGAAACACUGGGACAUCAAACUCCGCAGAAAAGUCCUUGGUUCGCAACAAGGAAAUCAUCCGUUCUAUGAAUGGGUGCUAGAAUUGCAGAAUCAGAAUGCGUUACUGUAUGGCGGGACAUCCCACCUAGAUAAUGACCAGUUAUGGAAUCAGCUCGAAGCGAACAUCUGCAAUGAGCUAACCAUCCCUGUACUCAGAGCAAACCUCGCCGACGACCUCACGCUAAGAGAGUGGAUCGAGGAGAUCAAGCAUCUUGACGACAAACGUCUCGACGAUCUAGCUGCUCACAAGAAAAUAGCCGAGGAAUUGUUCAAGUCAUCGAAACGCAACAUCUCAUCUAACAACAGACCCUCGUCGUCAAAGACAUACACAUCUUCCACCUGCCUGGGCUCCUUGACUGAAGUGGAACAGAUUUUGUUGUCGAAACACAGAGGGUGUUUCAAGUGUCGAAAGUUCUACGUUUCACAUCAGUCAAAAGAUUGUCCCAACGGCGCACCUGAAGCUACUAACUACAAGUCCCUCAUGGAGGCCGACGCGCUCACUGCCAAGCCAAAGACAAGGACGGUCGCAGCUGUAACACCUGUGAACGCGGUGAUGCCUACUUCGACGAUUGAGGAGGUUUCUGAUUCAGAUGAUGACUUGUGCAUAGCCCCUCUUGAAACUGCCCACCUUAUAUGGCCCUGUCUUUUGACAGGGCCCUCUAUCAAUUAUUUUGAACAUGUCGACGCACUCAUUGACCACAGGUCACAUCUAGUUCUGAUUGAUGAGAACAUCGUGACCAAACUUGGGAUGCGUAGACGCAAACUGCACACAAAGAUCGAAGCGAAAUCAGCUUUUACAGACUCUGUUUCUCUACCUUUUUCUUUCUCCGAAUAUGUUCUUCUUUCACCUUCUUCUCUUAAUAAUGACUGGACUUCACAUACGAUACACGCCAUUGUUGCACUGGGACUUAGUGUCCCGCUCCUCCUCGGAGGACCUUUCUUACAACACAAUUACCUUGUCAUAGAUCAUGAAACUCGAACCUGUAUCUCCAAGAACUCGCAAUAUGAUCUCCUGAAUGCCCCUCAACGUAUCCAACGUGUCACAAAAGCGCACCCGUCUCGACGCGAUGUUCUUCACAUGCGCAAGAAUGUCAUAAGAGAGUUAAAGGGAGCGCUCGGACCGCAAUACCACAAAGUCAAACAACAUGCAACAUCAAAGUCCAACGACAUCACAUCUGUUCUGUGUCGCCGAAUCGACACUCUUGCAUUCAUCGAAGACAACAAGGAACACCUGGAACGUCUGGACAAGGAGAUGCGGCGUAAAUACGACGAUAGAUUCCCGGAGGAUAUACCGCAUAUCGACGAAUUGCCUACUGACAUUGUGCAUUGA